AUGUUCAACUGGAUUAUCGUAUGUUGUCUAUUGAUUGUACAAUUGGCACAUGCCAAUGAUCUUGGCUUUUCAUUAUUUGAAAAGCGAGAAUUAAGUUCCCAGAACCCAUUUGGUUAUCCUAUUGGAUGUUCUCCUCAGGAUGUUGCAAUCAUUCCUGGUUUGACAAUGGAACUUUACUCUUACCCUAUUGUCAGUGGUACUCCUCCCAACUGUUAUGAUGCUUCUUAUGUUGACCCUGAAUAUCCUCGUACUGGCUACCUAAAGAGAAAAAUGGUAGGUAAAUCAACUGGAGUAACUGGCAAUUUGAACUACAAAUAUAGCGUUGAGAAAGCUUGUAUGGUCAAAUAUGGAAAUUUGCCAGCAGGCUACAAUUACAAUGAACCAUUGACAGUUUCUAACUUUACUAUGAUUUUGUAUGGUUACUUCAAGGCUCAAACAACUGGUCUACACACUUUUUUUGUUAAUGCUGAUGAUCUGUUGUACAUUAAUUUUGGUGCAGGUAACGCCUUUGAUUGUUGCAAGAGGGAAGAUAGCAAAACUAAACUAGGAGAAUACGUUGCUUACGAUAUUUGGCAUGUUGAUAGUUCCAAAAAUAAAGUAAGUCUAUUUUUGGAAAAGGAUCUCUAUUAUCCAAUUCGGAUGUUUUUUAACAAUAUUGGUAAGGACUCAUCCUUAGAUCUUUCUUUUAGUGUCAACGGUGCUACUGAUCAAAUUAGUGACUUUUCAGGUUAUUUGUAUUCUGUUCCUGAUCAACCUGAUACUUGUCCUGCUCAUAUUGGCUACGAUACUACAUGCAGGAGUAUUGAUUCGACAACGACAUACAGCACAAAUUUUAUUACUACUAAGCCGGCUGAAAAUGUUGUUCCUGUCACCAGCACCAUAUACUACAUUGCAACACCUUGUAGCAAAAGUCAGUCCCAAACACCUAGUUGCCAAGGAGGAUUUCUAGAUCCAUUGAAAAAUACAUGCUACUAUCCAAAACCCGAGGACCCAAAACCUGAAGACCCCUCACACAACCCAUCCUCUGUCAACCCAUCUUCUGUUAACCCAUCUUCCGUCAACCCUUCAAGCAAGCCGGCUGAUCCUUCUCCAGCUGACCCAUCACACAACCCAUCUUCCGUUAACCCAUCAUCCGUCAACCCAUCUUCUGUGAACCCAUCCUCUGUCAACCCUUCAAGCAAGCCAGUUGAUCCUUCUCCAGCUGACCCAUCACACAACCCAUCUUCUGUGAACCCAUCUUCCGUCAACCCAUCAAGCAAGCCGGCUGAUCCUUCUCCAGCUGACCCAUCACACAACCCAUCUUCUGUGAACCCAUCUUCUGUGAACCCAUCCUCUGUCAACCCUUCAAGCAAGCCGGCUGAUCCUUCUCCAGCUGACCCAUCACACAACCCAUCUUCUGUGAACCCAUCUUCUGUGAACCCAUCUUCCGUCAACCCAUCAAGCAAGCCGGCUGAUCCUUCUCCAGCUGACCCAUCACACAACCCAUCUUCCGUUAACCCAUCCUCAGUCAACCCAUCUUCUGUGAACCCAUCCUCUGUCAACCCUUCAAGCAAGCCGGCUGAUCCUUCUCCAGCUGAUCCAUCACACAACCCAUCUUCCGUUAACCCAUCCUCAGUCAACCCAUCAUCCGUUAACCCAUCUUCUGUGAUCCCAUCAUCCGUCAACCCAUCUUCUGUGAACCCAUCCUCUGUCAACCCUUCAAGCAAGCCAGUUGAUCCUUCUCCAGCUGACCCAUCACACAACCCAUCUUCUGUGAACCCAUCCUCUGUCAACCCUUCAAGCAAGCCAGUUGAUCCUUCUCCAGCUGACCCAUCACACAACCCAUCUUCUGUGAACCCAUCCUCUGUCAACCCUUCAAGCAAGCCGGCUGAUCCUUCUCCAGCUGACCCAUCACACAACCCAUCUUCUGUGAACCCAUCUUCCGUCAACCCAUCUUCUGUGAACCCAUCUCCUAGCAUUGUCAGUCCUUCAAUUUCAACAAGAAUGGUUACUUUAUCCAACGGUAGCACCACAACUGUUACAGUUACUGUAACCCCACCUUCUCCAAAUGGCGGUAGUUCAAACAGCAACACCGACUCCUUCUCACUGCCUCCACCAUACACCACAACCGUCUCCAAGAGCACCACCACAGAAACAGACAUCGUCUCCUUCUUCCCAUCCACCGACUCCGACGGCCACACCCGCACAGGCACCACCACCAUCACCCUGACUGGCAGCAAGCCCAGUAACAACGGCAAUGUUGGUACUUCCAGUGUCCCACCAGUUGGUAAUAUAGCGAUCACACCUUCAGUCUCGACAAGAACGGUUACUUUCACAAAUGGAAUAAUAUCAACCAUUACUACCACUAUUAGGCCACCAUCUCCAAACGGCGGUGGUUCUGGCAACAACGGCAACACACCAUCUCCAAACGGCGGUGGUUCUGGCAACAACGGCAACACACCAUCUCCAAACGGCGGUGGUUCCGGCAACAACGGCAACACACCAUCUCCAAACGGCGGUGGUUCUGGCAACAACGGCAACACACCAUCUCCAAACGGCGGUGGUUCUGGCAACAACGGCAACACACCAUCUCCAAACGGCGGUGGUUCUGGCAACAACGGCAACACACCAUCUCCAAACGGCGGUGGUUCUGGCAACAACGGCAACACACCAUCUCCAAACGGCGGUGGUUCCGGCAACAACGGCAACACACCAUCUCCAAACGGCGGUGGUUCUGGCAACAACGGCAACACACCAUCUCCAAACGGCGGUGGUUCCGGCAACAACGGCAACACACCAUCUCCAAGCAAGACAACUUUUCCAAUUUCCUCUAGUUCUGUCUUUAAUAUCCCUAAUUUUUCAGAGUACAAGGGUAAAGCUUCGAAGCCCAUUGAAGUAGCUCCUGCUAAACUAUUAAUAUUGGUUUUGUGCACUUUUUUUCUGAUUUAA